AGCCCGAUCAGAAAGCAGCCUAUUGUUACUCCCGGAGAAUCCAGUCACGCAUGUUAGACCAACUCCCAUCGUACCUACGCGAGAGAAAGUACAGCCUUACGAGUCCAACUUCGAGAUCGACUGCCUUCAGUCAAGCUUUCAGAACCGACGACACUUUCUUCGUGUACUUGUCCAAACAUCCCGACCUUGAAAAGAGCUUCGCCCUCUGCAUGCAGGGAGUUAGCGAAUCCAUGGAGAGUUGGGUCAAUAUCUAUCCCACCGAACAACUGAUACAGGACAAAGAAGACAGACAGCUGGAAGUUGUCCUCGUCGAUGUUGGUGGGGGGAUCGGUCACGAUAUCAACGCGUUUCAACGCAAACACAGGAUACAAUCAGGCAAAUUGAUCUUGCAAGACUCGCCAAAGGUGUUGAAACAAGCCAAAGUCGAGCCCAACAUCGAUGUUAUGCCUCAUGAUUUUUUCAAACCCCAAACUGUCAAAGCUCAUACCUACUACCUCCACUCGGUCCUUCAUGACUGGCCGGAUGAUGAAGCAUGUGCCAUUCUGAAGAAUCUGAAAUCUGUCAUGAGCUGUGAUUCGAUCAUUCUGUUACACGAGCUCGUCAAAGAUUGUCCGAUAACUUCUCGAGCGGCGACUUGGAUGGACAUAACGAUGCUGGCAGCAUUCAACUCGCGCGAGCGUAAUUUGGACGAGUGGCAGACCUUGGCCGAGAGGGCAGGCUUGAAGAUGACUGGACAAUCUUGUCACCCUGACACACCAUACUCGAUAAUCAAGCUUGAACUGGCUACAAACAAUAUAUGCGGGCCGGAAGAGAUGUAUAGCGGUCAGUAG